AUGCCCUCCUGGACUCAUCUGGUUCGUUUUAUCGCCAUCGAGGACAGCCAGGUUCACCUCGGCCAACUGGUCGAUACCACCCGUGAUGUUGGACGCGAUAGCGUCGAUGGAGUGGAGAUCGCUGUGAAGGCGAUUGAGGGUACUAUCUUUGAUGGCCGAGUUACAGACGAGAUUUUGCAUGUGAAACAGCUCCUUGCACCUGUCACUCAAGAGCAGUGUAGUUAUAUCCGCUGCCUGGGUCUCAACUACAUCGACCACGCGCAGGAAGCCAACUUGCCUCUCCCAAAGGCGCCAAUUCUUUUCACCAAGCCCCGCACUGCACUCGCUGGCCCUUACCCUGCUGCCAUCAACGUCCCCAAGUGUGCUCAAGAUGACACUAGUGACUACGAAGCCGAGUUAUGUCUAGUAAUUGGAAAGACUGGCAGAGAUAUUCCCGAAGAGGAGGCUCUCGACUAUGUCCUGGGUUACACUGCAUCAAACGAUGUCUCUGCUCGUACUCUGCAGUUGAUCACGGCCCAAUGGUCGUUCUCCAAGGGCCUUGAUGGAAGCUGUCCUAUCGGUCCUGUCCUUGUUGCACCCUCCGUAAUCAAGGACCCGCAGACUCUGUCAAUCAAGGCUAUCCACAACGGCACUACUGUUCAAGACGGACAUACCAAGGAUAUGAUCUUCAAUAUCAAGAAGCAAAUUUCAUACCUUUCGCAGGGCACCACACUGGAAGCCGGAACACUGUUCUUGACCGGAACUCCUGCCGGUAUUGGAUAUUUCAGGCAGCCCAGAGUUGUUCUCAGGGAUGGCGAUGAGAUCUCGGUUAAAAUUGACCAAAUUGGAACUCUUGUCAACAAGGUUCGUUAUGAGAGUCGUUAA